CGCCAUCUUUUACGACGAAGAAUUGUCUUCUGUAGUUGUUUCUUCUUGUUGUAAUCCCUGGAGAUAUUAGUUUGCAGAAGCCGCCAUGGGAGGCAUCCAGUUGCUGCUCUUUCUUGCUUUCUUUUCUGCCGGAAUGCACCGUAUUAACUCGCUUACAUAUCCUCGUGAUGCCUCUGCACUCCAAUCCCUGAAGGAGUCGUGGGAGCACACACCACCAAGCUGGCGAAAUUCAUAUGAUCCUUGUGGAACACCCUGGGAAGGAGUUACUUGCAACAAUACUCGGGUGACUGCAUUGAGAUUAUCAACCAUGGGCCUCAAAGGGCAACUCAGUGGUGACAUUGGAGAGCUCUCUGAACUGAGAUCCUUGGACCUGUCAUUUAACCGAGGCCUCACAGGUUCCCUGACUCCACGGCUGGGAGAUCUACAAAAUUUGAACAUCUUAAUCCUAGCUGGCUGUGGCUUCAGUGGUGAUAUUCCAGAUGAGUUGGGGAAGCUUGCAGAGCUGUCCUUCCUGGCUCUCAAUUCAAACAACUUCACUGGAAACAUACCUCCAUCUUUGGGGAAUCUCUCCAAACUCUACUGGCUGGACCUGGCAGAUAAUCAGUUGACAGGACACCUCCCAAUAUCAACCCCCACUACCCCAGGCUUGGACCUCCUUCUGAAGAUUAAACACUUCCAUUUCAACAAGAACCAGCUUUCAGGUCCCAUUCCAGCCGAACUCUUCAGCUCUAAGAUGGUACUGAUACACGUAUUAUUUGAUAGCAACCAACUUUCUGGAAGUAUCCCAUCAACAUUGGGACUUGUACAGACUCUUGAGGUUCUUCGGCUCGACAGAAAUGCUCUGACAGGAGAUGUCCCAUCAAAUCUCAACAACCUUACACACAUCAAUGAAUUGAAUUUAGCCCAAAAUCAUCUGACUGGCCCUUUUCCAGACUUGAGUAAAAUGACCACCCUCAAUUAUGUGGACCUUAGUAACAACUCCUUUGACCCAUCCGAAGCUCCAGCUUGGUUCUCAACCUUACCAUCACUCACCACUCUGGUUAUGGAAUAUGGAAAACUUCAAGGGCCUGUCCCGCAAAAACUCUUCAGCUUUCCACACAUACAGCAAGUGAAAUUGAGGAACAAUGAAUUUAAUGAGACAUUGAACAUGGAUGAAGACAUCAGCCCACAAUUGCAGUUUGUUGAUUUGCAAAACAACCAAAUAGCCGCAGUAACGUUUGGCGGAGCUGGCUACACAAAGAUAUUAAUAUUGAUUGGAAAUCCAGCGUGUUUUUCCCCUAUUCUCUUGAAUAGCAAAUACUGCCAGCUUCAGGAACAAACUACAAAGCCCUAUUCUACCAGCCUUGCUAAUUGUGGAAGCAAAUUAUGCCCACUUGAUCAGAAGCUCAGCCCUCAGAGUUGUGAAUGUGCUUAUCCAUAUGAAGGAACAUUAUACUUCAGAGGACCCCGUUUCAGGGAAUUGUCCAAUGUAACUAUGUUUCAUUCACUUGAAAUGACCAUGUGGAUUAAACUGGGCCUCACUCCCGGUUCUGUUUCUCUUCAAAACCCCUUCUUCAGUGUUGAUGAUGACUAUCUUCAAGUGCAGCUGGCUCUCUUUCCAGCAGAAGGAAAAUAUUUUAAUAGAUCAGAGAUUCAGAGAAUUGGGUUUGAUCUGAGUAAUCAAACUUACAAACCGCCUAAAGAGUUCGGACCCUACUAUUUUAUAGCAUCUCCUUAUGUUUUUCAAGACUCAGACAGAGGAACUUCCAUUAGCACUGGUUUGAUUGUUGGGAUAGCAGUUGGAAGUGCCAUUUUGGUUCUGGUCCUUCUGGGGGUAGGGACAUACGCUGUUCGGCAAAAGAAACGUGCAGAAAAAGCCAUUGGAAUGAGUAGACCAUUCGCUUCCUGGGUACCAAGUGGCAAAGACAGUGGCGGUGCACCACAAUUAAAGGGAGCAAGAUGGUUCUCUUAUGAUGAACUCAAAAAGUGCACCAACAAUUUCUCUGACAGUAAUGAGAUAGGCUAUGGAGGGUAUGGCAAGGUUUAUAGAGGGAUACUCUCUGAUGGACAAGUUUUGGCAAUCAAAAGAGCUCAGCAAGGAUCAAUGCAGGGUGGACUCGAGUUCAAGACUGAAAUUGAGUUGCUUUCGCGAGUUCAUCACAAGAAUCUUGUUGCCCUUGUGGGUUUUUGUUUUGAACAAGGAGAGCAGAUGCUAGUCUAUGAAUAUAUGCCUAAUGGGACGCUUAGGAAGAGCUUGGCAGGGAGAUCUAACAUUCAUCUUGAUUGGAAGAGAAGACUCCGCGUUGCACUUGGCUCAGCUAGAGGACUAGCUUACCUACAUGAGCUUGCUAAUCCUCCCAUAAUCCACAGAGAUGUUAAGUCCACCAAUAUUCUGUUGGAUGAAAAUUUAACAGCAAAAGUUUCAGAUUUUGGCUUGUCUAAACUGGUAUCGGACACUUCCAAAGGACAUGUUUCCACUCAAGUUAAAGGCACACUGGGUUACUUGGAUCCAGAAUACUACCUGACUCAACAAUUAACUGAGAAGAGUGAUGUGUACAGUUUUGGAGUGGUUAUGCUUGAACUGGUAACGGCAAAGCAACCGAUCGAGAAGGGAAAGUACAUCGUCCGGGAGGUGCGAAUGGCGAUGGAUAAGAACGAUGAAGAACACUACGGCUUGAAGGACAUGAUGGAUUCAUCCAUCAGAAACACACCUAAUCUUAUAGGGUUUGGAACGUUCUUGGAGCUGGCCAUGCAAUGCCUUGAAGAUACAGCUGCAGACCGUCCUACAAUGAGUGAAGUGGUAAAGGCCAUUGAGACUAUCUUACAGAAUGACGGCUUGGCUACAGACUCUACCACUUCUGCAUCAUCAUCUGCCACAGACUUUGGAGCUUCAAAGGCUGCUUUUAAGCAUCCUUACAAUGACUCUUUGCCAAGAAAGGAUGUCAGUGACAGCGAUACGUUUGAUUACAGUGGUGGAUACACAAUUUCGGCAAAAGUCGAACCCAAGAUUCCUAGGGCCACAUAAAGGACUUGCUCAGCUACCAAACAGAGAGCAAAGCCAUGGUUUGGACUAAGGAAGAGAGAGACAGAGAGAUGGGUAAUUAGAUGAAAUUAAUGUCAUGAAGCUGUCCAUGGACAAUCCAUGGUUGCUAUGGCUGAGACUUGGUGUGUAGAGGGACUGCCAUUUUCGUGCAUUCAAUUUGAUGCUGUAUUCUAUAGAAGUCAAGGAGAUCAACUUGUGCAUGUUGUAUGUACGAUCACUAUCUUAUCCAAAAUCAGUGAAAGGAGGAAAAUAUCUUCCAUGGAA